CGUGUUUGAAAAGAAAGCUUAGUCUGAGUUCCAGGGAAGACGGAACACAGCAGACACCAGACAGAGAGACAGACACACACACACACACACGCAGCAGAACACCUUUCCAGUCAAGCACAGUUAUGGGUUCAGCAGUGUGCUUCAUUCUGCUUUUCUCUGCAGGACUGUGGGCUCAGGCUUUAUGUGCCUCUCGUCAGUUUUAUAAAGUAGAUGAAGAAAAGACCUGGACCGAUGCUCAGAAAUAUUGCAGAGAGAAUUACACUGAUCUCGCCACCAUCGAGAAUGAAGAAGAAAUGGAUGCUGUAAAGGCCGUUCUUAAUGGGAGCGGAGACAACUUCUGGAUUGGACUGAGGCAGGUCAAUGACGCUAAGAAUCGGACUUUUGUCUGGUCAGAUAAUACUACAUCUUCAUUCACAUACUGGAGUGACAAGGAGCCAAACAACGAAGGGACUAAUAACUGUGUGGAAGUCAAUGGAACAACCGAAAAUAAGACAUGGAAUGAUUCAGGCUGCAGCCACACUAUCUCUUUUGUCUGCUAUAAAAGACGAACUCCACUCACUGUGAUUUCUGAGAACAAGACGUGGCGAGAAGCCCUGAGGUACUGCAGACAGUAUCAUUUGGACCUGGCUUCUAUUGACUCGAAGGAAAUGCAGAAGUGGGUAGAAGUGGUCACUACAAAUGCCUCCAGUAACAUGUGGAUUGGCCUGCGUCACACCUGCGCUCUGGGCUUCUGGUACUGGGUGACUGGAGAGAUGAUCUGCUACCAAAACUGGGCUCCAGGUAACGGAACCGGAGUGGAAGACUGUAGUGGUGUUGAGAGAACCGGAGCGCUGCUGUCUGAGAGUAAGAAGUGGGUCAGCCUGCCACAGACUGCCACACUCCCCUUCAUCUGUACCUACUUCUAGUGGAGGCUACUAGAAGUGGAGGCAUGAAAUUCAGCUGGAUCCUUAUAAUUCAGGGCCAGACAUUUCUUUCUCAACAUGAUUUUACUCCAUUUUUUUGUGUGACAUGCAAGUACAACAAUUAAUGUAAGAAUUUUAGUACAUCAUUGGGUUUCUUGAUGGUGUUGGUUAAACUUUCACUUCCAAACUAGCUCUGAGUAGCUUUACUGUUAGCUCCUGUUUAAAAUUAGAAUAUGUGAGACUUUCCUUUUGUUCACGUUUUAUUAUCAGUAGUAUAUAGUUUUGCUAUUUUAUGUAUCAUUAAUUAAUAUUUUUGAUUUGCAGUGAUGGGGUGUAGCCAAUGACAUGUAGCAAUGUUACUAACUUGACUACAUUUUUAACAGCAUGGCAGUAGAUGAGCUGAUUUCCAAACAGCAUAGUUUUUCCAGGAACAAGCUGCUUUUUCCAUGUCAUGUUAUGUAAUGUAACUCUAACUAGCUCACUAUUUCCAAAAAUGAAUCAAGAGUCAUGGAGUGAUUCCUAUCUACAUCUAUUUUUAGUUGAAGUUGAGUAACACUACCUGUUAACUAAAGGUGGCUUACACAUAGAAAAUCUAUUUAUAGAAAAUCUCAUGUAAAGCAGGUAUAUUUUAUUUUGUGCAAAAGUAUUGGUUGCAUCAUAAAUAAAAAAUGUCAGCUGAUUUUCCUCAGGUUGAUAAUCUACUUCAGUUGCAACUAGCUACUUGUUCAAAACAUUAGUUUAUCUGUUUCUUAGUUAGUCAAUAAGCAACAAGUAGACUGUAAAGUUACUACAGCAAUGUAGCUUGCCUGGUACUGUUGGUUUGGAAAUUGCUGUUCUUCUGCUAAGCCUUGUCAAAUAAAUAAAUGUACUGGAUACCCUGCACAUGGUUUUUCUACAUUUUCCACCCCACUUUUAUAGGGACAUGUUCUUGAUUCUCAGAUCCCUGUUCUUCACAGGAGUGGAACCCAAUGUGCUCUUCUGCUAUUGCAUGCUGAGAUGCUUUUCUGCUCACCAUGGUUAUAAAGAGUGAUUAUAUGACUUACUAGAUCCUUCCUGGCCAAAAGGCUCGAACCAAUCUGUCCAUUUUCCUCUGACUUCUUUUAUCAACAAGGUGUUUCUUUCCACCCACAGAACUGUUGCUCACUCAAUGUUUUUUGUGUUGAGACUGUUGUGUGUGAAAACAAACCCCAGGAGAUCAGCAGUUUCUGAAAUACUCAAACCUUCAUGCUCCAUCUGGCUCAAACCAACACCCAUGCCACAGUGAAAGAAAGUCGUACUUUGAGAUCAGUGUUUCCCAUUCUGAUGUUUGAACAGUGUGAACAUUUACUGAAACUUGAUUUGCAACUGCAUUAUUUUAUGCAUCAAGGGAUUGGCUGAUUAGAGAACUGCAUCAAACAGCAGCUGGAUGUAUUGGUGUUCCUAAUUCUAGUGGUCGGUGAGUGUAUCUUUAACACUCAUAGUCUAUGUAGAUCUAUCCUUGACUGAAUAAUUCCUGAUUGACCUACUGAUCACAUUUUACAUCCGAAACUGGCUUUGGGAAAUACCAUUACCAUGUACCUGGUCAGCAACAAUAAAGUUGGUGGCACAUAAAUUGACGUUGACGUGAAAGCCUGGACCUGGGGUUACCCAAUAGAACAUUGCCUAGAGCAUCACACUCCUUCUAUUAGCUUAUCUUCCCAGCUUGGUGCCAUCACAGGACACACCCAGCUGUCUAGCAAUAGCAAUUUAGCUGUCAUCAAAGUCACUCAGAUCUUCACACCUGCCCAUUUCACCUGCAUCCAACACAGGAAUCAACUGUUUGCU